GGAGUCUCAUUUCAGCGACAACAAACCAGCAGAGAAGUGAACCUCCGCUAAGUUGUGACGCUCCUAGAGGGUUAAAAACAUGGAGAGCGGGGAGGGUCGCAGGCAGGAAAAGUGGCGCAAGAGACGCGUCUUGAUUCUGGCUGUGAUCGCAGUGAUUCUUCUUGCGGUUAUCCUCGCCAUCGUGUUAGGAGUGACCCUGAGUAAGAGAAGAGAUGAUUUUAAUACCAAGUUUAUGGAGAGAUGUCAGAAGUUCAAAGGGUAUAACUGUCAAAAAAUAUGGGAUGCGUUUCAACAAGCCUAUGUGAACAGAGAUCCUUGUGAUGUUCCUACAGAAGCCUACGAUCCCCUCAUUGCUACAUUCCUCUUUGAUGUUUUAUGCAACAGAACGAUGUUCUGGAGCAAAACAGGCGAUGUGGUCCAUGACUUCACUCGGAGGAAGAACUGUUUUAAGACUGUGGAGGACACCCUGCUGGGAUCUGUCCUGAAUGGACUGGAGUGGUGUGGAAAGAUUGGCAGCAAUGAAACGUUCACCACCGGUUGCCCUAAAUGGGAAGAAUGUGAGAAGAACGCUGUUCUCUCCUUUUGGAAAAGAGUCUCGGCGGCGUUUGGAGAGUUUGCUUGUGGGAACGUCACCGUGAUGCUAAACGGUGCUAUCACUACUCCGUUCAAUCGAAGCAGCAUUUUUGCCAGCGUUGAGGUGAAGAAGUUUAAGUUUCCUAACGUGAAAAACCUGAAUGUUGUUCUGGUCAUCCAGAAGAACGCUGUAACUAACUGCACAAAUGAAUCCCUAAAAAACUUGAUGUUGGAGCUGGACAAAGGGAUUGGUUAUCACUGCUUUGAAGUUUCUGACUCUCAUCUCAAGGAAUGCGGCUCCGACCCAGAGAAACCUUGUGGUGCCUGCUGGUGACAUUGAAAGAACCACCUGAUGAAACAAAUUGUCCUGUUUUGUUUUCUCUGUUAAAGUUUUUUUUAAACCCGACUUAAAAUCCUUUAACAUCUGUGGGUCACUUUAACUUCUCUUUUUACUAUUAGGAGGUGCUAUUGAGGGAAUCUUUUAUAUUUUUUUUAUUAUUAUUAUUGUAACAUGUCUUGAAAGAUGCUGAUAUAUGUGUUCAAUUGAUGAACUAGUGAUCAAUAUAUACAAUUAGCUAUUUCUUUUUAUAAAAUUGAUAUACUAAUUAUAUAUGUUUAAAUUUAGUGUUUCUGUUCAACUUUUGACUAUAAACUGGGAUUAUUGUCUAUA